CGCGUGUGACCCACCGCACGAUGACAUGCUGCCGGCCUGCGCUCGCUGCAGGCGCUCGACGCCGUCCGGUCGCACGUGCACAUCCAGUGCGGCUGUUCAAGGUGCCCGACAUGGAGCCGGGGCCGCAGAUACCGUUCAGCCGUGUCAACCACAACAAGUACAUGGUGACGGACCAGGUGGCCUACAUCGGGACGUCCAACUGGUCGGGUGACUACUUUGUCAACACGGGCGGCAUCGGUCUGGUGGUGAACUCCAGCCGGCCCGGCGACGACGACUCUGUGCGCGCCCAGCUGGCGGCCGUGUUCGAGCGCGACUGGGAGUCGGAGCACUCUGCGCCGCUGCAGGCCGCCGCCAGACGGUAACUGCCCGCCGCACCCACCGGCAACACACCAUAAGGCCCCGCGCCGCUGACAACAUUCUACCGGGACUGCUGGAUCUCAGUGACUGCUAACGUGGUAGGAUUCCGACUGUACCAUUUUUGGACAGCUAUCAGUAUUUCAGGUCUUUGACUUUACACUGUGAUUGUGUAUUCAUGGGACUCUCAUUAACUAUUCAACCUAUAAGCCAAAGUUAUCUCAGUGCUGGUAGGGGCACGUACUUUAACCGAGCCAUGAUGCAUGCAGUGUUCCAUUGAGUGUGUGUGCUCCGCUAGCAACUGCCGGUUUCUAUCUCUAGUAUUUCUCACCGGAUCGUUCCAUAUCUCGGGGUUCUGAGUCUCCAACAUUUCGCAGCUGCAGGAGCAGGGAUUGUCUCGGGCACAAUGUGGCAAAUCAAAUGACCUAUUUUAUUGGGGAAUUUUGUAUUUACAAUACAAGGGUGUCCACAAAACAGA